AUGGCCCUCGCUCCUGCCUUCGUGGUUGGCCCGUCCGUGGCAGUUUCACCGGCAGCCCUUCAGGUGGAGCAUGCAACAAGGAGCAGGCAAAUUCCCAGUGGUCACGGGUCAGCAGGAGCAGGUGCAGCGUUGGGAGUUGCCGGCUUGGCGGCUGCUGCCGGACUGCGCAAGUCCAUGCGGGGGCGCCGCUCCACCAAGGGGUCUGUGAUGGUCGGCAAUGCCAACGUUGCAGAGCCGGAGUCCUACUACCGUGACCACCUGGUGGCUUGCCGUGCGCAACUGAACGGCGUGGAUGCGCCUACCCCUGAGGAGACUGACAAGCACAUGGAAGGCAUCCAAGCCUUUGCCAAGCAGGCCCUUGCUGGCGCCUCGGCCGCCAUGCUUUUCACCAGCUCAAUGGAGGCAGCCGUUGCGUACCCGAUCUUUGCGCAGCAGAACUACGCAAACCCUCGUGAGUACACUGGAAAGAUCGUGUGCGCCAACUGCCAUUUGGCCAGCAAGACUAUCGAUGCGAAGCUUCCCCAGGCAGUACUCCCAGACACCAUCUUCAAGAUGGAGAUCGAAGUGCCUGCCAAGUAUGCCAAGCGCCGCCAGCCUUUGGCUGAUGGCUCCAAGGGCCCCAUGAACAUUGGUGCCAUUGCCGUGAUGCCUGAGGGCUGGAAGUUGGCUCCCAAGGAUCGCCUUCCCAAGCCUUUGAAGAAGGAGAUGAAGGGCCUGGCCUGGGCACCUUACAGCAAGGAGUAUCCCAACAUCGUGGUGGCUGGCCCAGUGCCAGGAGAGACUUACGAGAAGAUGGUCCUCCCAGUGCUCUCACCUGAUCCCAACACUGAUGACAAGAUCCUGUUUGGCAAGGGCAUCUUCUACUUCGGUGGAAAUCGCGGACGUGGACAGGUCUACCCUGAGGGCAAUCAGAGCAACAACAACCAAUUCCUUGCUGCUGCGACCGGCACCAUCUCAGCGAUUGAUGGCCUCAAAGUGAGCAUCACGACCCCCAGCGGAGAGGUCAAGACCCAGGAGUGCUUGAUUGGCGCUGACAUCGUGGUUCAGGUGGGUGACGAGGUCACCAAGGAUGAGCCCAUCACCACAAACCCCAACGUCGGUGGCUUCGGGCAGGAGGAGAAGGAGUGCGUCUUGCAGGACAUGAACCGCGUUUACGCCUACUGCGCCUUCGCAUUUUCCUGCUUCAUUGCCCAGCUCAGCUUUGUACUGAAGAAGAAGCAGUUUGAGAAGGUCCAACUGGCGGAGGGCUUCUGA